CGUCAUAUUAUGACUCUUCAACUGAUGUGGCGCGUGUGAAUUGGUGGGACUAUAAAGGCCCCAAAUCUCCUCACGUAUCUCAUUUUUUCCUUUUACCUCAACUCCUCUCCUCGCCGUCCGGUCAAUCGGUCGCCUCUUCCGAUUUCACUUCCGGUAACAGGUGAUUGAAAUGCAAGCGCUGUGAGUAUUGUGGUCUCUAGAAGAUUGUGUAUUUGUUCGGAGCUGUGAUUUUCAGCUUUAGAGUUUCUUGUCAAGUUGAGUUGAAGUUGUUGCUUUGAAUGCUAGAAUGGAUGGUAACAAGGAUGAGGCUUUAAGAUGCAUUGGUAUUGCCAAGGAGGCAAUUGCAUCUGGCAAUAAGCAGAAAGCACUCAAGUUUAUCAGAAUUGCACGGCGCCUUAACAGUGAUCUAUCUGUGGAAGAUCUUUUGGCUGCUUGUGAAAAUCUGGAGUCGUCGACUCCCGAGUCCUCGAGUGAGGUUAGAAGCGUUGAGAAUACGAAAAAUGUCACAAGUCGUGUCAAGUCUGAUGAGGUAUCUGAUGGGGAGAGGAACUAUACAGAAGAACAUGUUCAGUUGAUUAGGCAAAUUAAGACUAAGAAGGACUAUUAUGCGAUUCUUGGUCUAGAGAAGGGUUGUACAGUUGAGGAGAUUAGGAAGUCAUACAGAAAAUUGUCAUUGAAGGUUCAUCCCGACAAAAAUAAGGCUCCAGGAUCUGAAGAGGCGUUUAAGAAAGUAUCGAAGGCAUUUAAGUGUUUGAGUGACGAUGAUUCGAGGAGGCAGUACGACCAGACAGGUUUGGUUGAGGAAUUUGAGUAUAAUCAGCAGCAUAAUGUUAGGCGCAGGAGGCGAACUGGUCACAGCUAUUAUGAUGAUGAUUUUGAUCCUGAUGAGAUCUUCAGGGCGUUUUUUGGUCGUUCUGAUAUGUUUAGGACAGCUCAUGUUUACAGGACAAGAACAAAUGCUGCUCCCCAAAGAGAGGAUUUAGGUUCCACUGGGCCUAACUUACUUCUCCUCCUUCAGUUAUUACCAUUUUUGAUUAUCAUCUUACUUGCUUAUCUUCCUUUCUCGGAGCCUGAGUAUUCUUUGCAGAAGAACUACCAAUAUCAGUUUAGGAAGAUUACAGAAGAUCAUGGAGUAGAAUAUUUUGUUAAAUCGCAUGAAUUUGAUCAGAAAUAUCCUCCUGGUAGUCCUGACCGAGAUAACAUUGAAGACCAUGUUAUUAGGGAUUACAAAAAUAUGCUUGGUCGUUACUGUCAUAUAGAACUCCAGAGGCGACAAUGGAACAGGAAGUACCCAACUCCUCACUGUGACAGGCUUCAGACUUUUGAAGUAGCAUGAGGUCUAUUGACUAUAGAUGGGAUGGAGCGCUCUGGCGCUAGUUGAACAUUUUUGUUUGCUAAGAAGAGGCUUGGUUUGGCAGAUAAGGCAAGUAAUGAAGCUUCAUUUCCACAAGUUUUAACCAGCAUCGUUCUCGUUUUGUUAUGGAUGACCAAGAAAAGAACCCGAGGCUGCUGACCUUAUUUACACUUUCCUUUUCGCAUUAUUAUUAUUUUUGCAGUGCUCGGUACUCCCAUCUAUUAAUCGCUUCCACAACCUGCUAGUACUACUGCUGGUUAGUCACAGGAAACUGAAACGAAUGCAAAAUAUAAUGAAAUAAGCGUAGCAUAUUUUCCAGUGAUUAUAAUACCUUGCUUCCGAGAUAGAAACCUUGUAAUCUUGUAUAUUAGCCAGUCAUGCAUGUUCAGACUCUUAAAACUGUAUGAUGAGUGAAAUACGCGCACUAAAACUCUUCGGAAGUUCCUGAUUUUACUUAUUUGUUUUAGAAGCUAA